AGCAGACGGUCGUGUUGAAUUGAACAGCUGGCCGAACACUGAACAUAAGUUGUCCAUUAUCCUGGCCAAGUGCAUUGAGCAGCUAAAGAAGCCAGUUAGUUGCUAUCAGUGUUUCAGAAACGCAGUCGUGUGAACAUAAUUCAAGUGCAAUGCAGCUUAAAAAAUUAAAGCUAAACAUACAAAAAUAGUUCAUAUCCGAGAUUUUUUCAAAACACACACUCGGUCGCUUAGUGACGUGAACAGUUUCUAUUUGGUGUGCUUGCGGUUGUGUUGUCCUUUCAACGCCUUGUGUUUUAGUUUGUGCGGUUUUGGCCACUUCAAGUGGUAAGUGGCAAGUGUUUGGUGCGCGCGCUGCCACACACACACACAUAACAUACGUUAUACAAAUACUCGAAUAUAUUCACACCCCUAGCUUAAAUAACUCGACGGGUUUUUUCUUGUUUGCCUUGGUUUGUUUUCGUUUGGCUGCCCUGUGGCUUUCCACAAUCAACAGUGAGGACGUUGCGUGGCAACGCCACUUGCCGUUGGCAUUCUGCUAAUCGAUGACGUUGAAAAGGAUAACACAAGGAUAAUGACCUAAACUAUUCGUACAUCGAAAAGGUCUAACAAAAUUGCAGCAGCAGCAUCAGAAGAGGAAUAUCGGGCACUCGGAGAGCAGGAAGUGAGACACAAAUAACAAAACGAAGUGGAAAAACUAAUAAUAUGUCCAGAGUCUGUGUCCAGGAGGAGGACAGUACGCGGCAGUGAAAUGCAAUGCGGCAGCAUUGCUCAAGUGGGGAGCAAAUAGCCAAGACAAUGCAGCAGACUAAGACGGGAAGGGCAGGGAAGUAAGCAAUUCCGCGCUAACAAUGAAAACUAAUAAAGCACUUAAGCGGAUUUUUUUACAAGAGCAACAAUUGCAACGGCGUUACGCAGAGAAGCAGCCACUAAACGUGCAGAUAAAACUAUCGAGCGGCAGCACCAGAAGCAACAGCAGCAACAGCAUCAGCAGCGAAGCAUGCAACGAUGACGCUGCUGUGUUCAUAAUGCGAAAAGGACAUUGCAAUUGUUCGAAAGGAUAAACAAGCAUCAUCAAUCAAAAGCGCCAACAGCAGCCAAGUCCAGUGAAUAAACAAGGCGUGCGAAAAGAGAAGCAACAUAGUAUACACAAGGGCUGCAGUAGAUAACGUGGCGUGGUCAGUGCGGCCAUACAGGGCGUAUGAUUAACACUUGUGCCACUUGAAGACCCCGUAAUUUGCUAGAGCAAAAGAGCAAGUCAAGCAACAUGGCCACCAGAAGGCGCACUGAAAGGCUGGGCGAGCUGUCAGCCAUUGCCAACGCAUGUGCAAUUGAUGAAUAUAUCAACACAGCAACUGCGACGUCGCAACUGUUGGCAACAGCGUCGCUGCUAACGGGCACAACAACAGCAACAGCUACAACAACUACAACAACUACAGAAACUGCAACAACGACCACGAAGCCAUUAACGAAUAUGCAACGAAACCACCUGCAAAAAAUGCAACUGUUGCCAAUAAUGGCACCAGCAACAACAACAACAACAAAAACAACUACUACAAAAAUCCACAACAGUAACAGCAACAACACAACAGCAGCAGAAAAACCAUCGAUAAGAGCAACAGCAAAUUGUGCAAAGUCAGCAGCAGCAACUAACACAAAAACUAAAAUGACGAUCACAGAAAAAACAAAAAUUGCGGCAUGCAACACACCUGCCAGGACAUUAAGAACAAGGGUUGGGUCGGUUGCCUGGCAGUUGAUCCCUCAACUAAAACUUCUGUUGCCCGCACUUUGUCUUUGUGUGCUUUUUGGCAGCGGUCAGGCGGGCUUUGCUUGCCUCAGCAAUCCCUGUGUUUUUGGCGUUUGCAUCGAUGGCUUAAAUAGCUCGUACUCGUGCUACUGCAUUGACGGCUAUACAGGGAUACAGUGCCAAACGAAUUGGGACGAAUGCUGGUCGAGCCCGUGUCAAAAUGGUGGCACAUGUGUGGAUGGUGUGGCCUACUACAAUUGUACGUGUCCGGAAGGAUUUGCCGGAUCGAAUUGCGAGCAGAAUGUCGACGAAUGCAUGUCAAAUCCAUGUCAAAAUGGCGGACUGUGCCGGGACCGAAACAAUGGCUACACAUGCACCUGCCAGGCAGGCUAUCUGGGGGAUCAUUGCGAGGUCGAUGUUGCUGUCUGUGACACGGGCACCGGUGCACGUUGCCAGCAUGGCGGCGAAUGCAUUGAGGGUCCGGGACUAGAAUUCACCUGCGAGUGUCCGGCCGGGUGGCAUGGUCGCAUCUGUCAGGAGGAGAUUAACGAAUGCGCUUCGUCGCCUUGCCAAAAUGGGGGCGUGUGCGUUGACAAAUUGGCCGCGUACGCGUGUGCUUGUCCCAUGGGCUAUACGGGCACCAAUUGUGAGGAGGAGAUACUCAUCUGUUCGGAUAAUCCCUGCCAGAACAAUGCACUCUGUCUCAUGGAGGAGACUGUGCCCACUUGCUAUUGUGUUCCCGACUAUCAUGGCGAGAAAUGUGAAUAUCAGUACGAUGAGUGCCAGUUGGGGCCGCGCUGCAUGAACGGGGGCGUGUGUAUCGAUGGCGUUGACACCUUUUCGUGUUCAUGUCCUCCCCUGCUAACGGGCAUGUUGUGCGAGUGUCUGAUGGUAGGCGAGGAAUCGCUGGACUGCAAUUAUACAGCCCCUUCGACGCUGAGUCCGCCUACAGUGCGGCCUGUGACACCACCAGAGACAACGCCAUUACCCACUCCCGCCCCAGCGCCUCCAAUUACAACAACUGCGACAGCUGAUGUAUCUGUUGUUUCCUCCUCGUCGUCCUCCUCGUCGUCAUCGGCCUCAGACGAAUCAGUGGAGGUCAAGCCAACGCCUGCACCACCAGAGAGCGAAAGUCACAGUCUUUCUGACGAGCACACUACCGUGGUGCCACAACCAGCGCCCUUGACCACCACCACAGCACCUCUGCCUGAGAGCAGCGCGUCAGGCUCGGUGGAGGAAAGUGCAAGUCACGCCUCUGGAACUACCGAGCCCCCAGUUAUAUAUCCCAUUGAUGGCGGCGCCUCAACGUCCUCCGCCGAAAGUUCCGUGGAAGUUGUCACAUCCGACGAAUACACGCCUGUGCCGCGCUUUGAAGUGAGUGCCAGUGGCAGUGGCAGCGGCAGCGGCAGCGAUGAAGCAACUACAACCGCUCGGCCCUUGCCACCACCGCCACCACCCAGCAUAACCAUCUCGGUCGACUAUACGCCUACUUCUAGUUCAUCGAGCGCUGAAUCCGGCGAACCGCCCGCAGCAGUCUUCACCACACCAUCUCCCACGUUCAUACAUCGCGUAACCACCAUCGAGACCAGCAUCACCUUAGAUUUUUCGACGCCUACACUCGCACCGCCAAUUGCGAUGACUACAAUGAAGACGGCGCUGCCCAUACCCACGUUUGCAGUACCGCCAGCUACUGAGCCACCGUUAGAUAUUGAUGAAACCACCACCACCACAAAGCAUCUGUGGACCGAAGUGCCCACCACAGCGGCUCCCUUCUUCACAGAGUUCCCAUCGGAAGUGCUUAUCACUACACAUCGAACCAGCGCUGGUCGCUUUACUACGCUACAACCACCGGUAACUACCACAUCGCCACUAGACUACGAACCGCCUCUGGUCGAGCUGAGCACCGCACGUACGCCACUUGUGGUUGUCACUAUACUGGAUGCCAACGACACCAUGCCCUCUCUCAUGACAACCACAACUGUCCCUGGAACGAUGCAUCCAUAUCAUCAUCACCACCAUCAUCAUCACCACGAGACGACACACUUGCCCAUUCCUGUUGAGGGUGAAGCAACAACAGUAACGCCCCCAGUUGACGCAACCGAACUGCCGCACCACCAUCACCAUCAUCAUCAUGUGCCCAGCAGCAUUGCACCGCCCGAAACCACUCCCAUGCCCAUUGAGAUGACAACCCCGCAGCCUCUGUUGACAGAAGACUUAAUUGGCGUCCAACAGCCAGUGCCUGUAACCACAGUGGAGCCAUUGGCUGCGGAAACCACUACCGUGCCGCCAUAUCAGCCCGCUGCAACACUAGUGCCAACGCAAGCGCCCACGGAGCUGUCCGCCACAGCUCCAACACCGGCAAUAACUUCGGCGCCCAGCCUUCCACCUACUCUGCCGCCCACAAUAACGCCGGCCACAGCACCACCAACACUACCACCCACUGUGCCGCCCACGCCACCCUCAACGCAGUCAGCACAAACUCUGCCACCGCCCACAGUCCCUGUAUAUAAGCCACCUGCGCCGCCGGCAACAAAGGCGCCAACUACAGAAAGCAGUGAGGAAACCGAGGGCGCCAACACUGUGGCCACUGGCGUUGGUGCCGGUGCGGGCUCUGGCGGCGGAGUCGAGGAGAAAACUGCCGAUGUUGAUUGCAUAAAACUGGGCUGCUACAAUGGCGGUACAUGUGUGACUACUUCAGAGGGAUCAAGGUGCGUUUGCCGCUUUGAUCGUCAGGGUGCACUUUGUGAGCUGCCCAUAGUCAUCAAGAAUGCAGCCUUCUCCGGCGAUUCGUAUGUAUCGCACCGCAUUUACAAGGACAUACCGCAGCAUGAGGCAUUGGACGCAGUGCUGCCCAUGCACAUACAGCUGAAGGUUCGAACACGUGCCACCAAUGGCUUAAUUAUGUUAGCUGCCGCCCAGGGAACCAAGGGUGGUCACUACAUGGCGUUGUUCCUGCAGAAAGGACUCAUGCAGUUCCAGUUUUCGUGCGGUUUGCAAACCAUGUUACUGAGUGAAUUGGAAACGCCCGUCAAUACGGGCCACGAAAUCACAAUUCGUGCUGAAUUGGACUUCAGCCGCAAUUACACACACUGCAAUGCCUCGCUGCUAGUCAACGACACAUUGGCCAUGUCCGGAGAUCAGCCCACAUGGCUGAAACUACUGCCGACCCGCCUCCACACACCGGAGGUCAUACUGAACACAUGGCUGCAUUUGGGAGGAGCGCCCCAGGCACCGAUUGGCCUGAUUAUCGAGCUGCCGCCCGCACAGAGUGGCACAGGAUUCACGGGCUGUCUGCAUUCGCUGCGCAUUAAUGGACAGGCGCGCGAAAUAUUCGGGGAUGCACUGGACGGCUUUGGCAUUACAGAAUGCGGUUCGCUGGCCUGCCUGUCCAGUCCGUGUCGCAAUGGCGCAGCUUGCAUCAAAAUCGAAACGAACGAGGUGGACGAGAACGGGGAGAAGGCGGAGAAAUGGAAAUGCAAAUGCCCGACAGGCUACAUGGGACCCACCUGCGAGAUAUCUGUGUGCGAGGACAAUCCCUGCCAGUAUGGCGGCACUUGUGUACAGUUCCCCGGCAGCGGAUAUCUCUGCCUUUGUCCAUUGGGCAAGCAUGGCCACUACUGUGAGCACAAUCUCGAGGUUGCCUUGCCCUCCUUCUCGGGCAGCGUGAAUGGCCUGUCCUCGUUUGUGUCCUAUACGGUGCCCAUUCCCUUGGAGUACUCGUUGGAGCUAAGCUUUAAGAUACUGCCACAGACUAUGUCGCAGAUUUCGCUGCUUGCCUUCCUCGGUCAGUCUGGUUUCCAUGAUGAGAAGAGCGAUCAUUUGGCGGUUAGCUUCAUACAGGGCUACAUCAUGCUGACGUGGAACUUGGGCGCUGGACCUCGACGAAUUUUCACACAGAAACCCAUCGAUUUCCGAUUGGAUGCACCUCGUGUACCCUACGAGAUCAAAGUGGGUCGCAUCGGACGUCAGGCAUGGCUCUCUGUGGAUGGUAAAUUCAAUAUAACGGGUCGCUCGCCGGGCAGCGUCAGUCGCAUGGAUGUGCUGCCCAUUCUCUAUCUGGGUGGCCAUGAGAUUGCCAACUUCAACACUCUUCCGCACGACUUGCCGUUACAUUCGGGCUUCCAGGGUUGCAUCUACGAUGUACACCUGAAGGCGGGCCAGGUAACGGUGCCGCUGCAGGAGACGCGCGGCGUUCGAGGUCGUGGUGUUGGUCAGUGUGGAACACGUGAGUGUCACCGACAUGCCUGCCAACAUGAAGGUGCCUGUCUGCAACAUGGCGCCACCUUUACUUGCAUUUGCCAAGAGGGCUGGUACGGACCAUUGUGUGCACAGCCAACAAAUCCCUGCGACUCAUUCAACAACAAAUGCUCCGAGGACUCGACUUGCGUGCCCUUGGUUAAUGGCUACGAAUGUGACUGUCCUGUGGGACGUACUGGCAAGAAUUGUGAGGAAGAAAUACGCUCACUCAGUGAUGUCUCACUGACGGGUCGACGUUCGUAUCUGGCCGUACGCUGGCCUUAUCUGUACGAUGCCUCGGACAAGCUGGGAGCCAAGCGCUCUCAAAUGGUCAGCUAUCGCAACUUCACCAAGAAACUAAUGCCACCGAAGCCCAUUUCCACGCCAAGCACACACUUCGUGAUGAAGCUGCUCAACGAGGUGGAGAAACAGCGUAGCUUCUCGCCCGUGCCUCUCAUGGGCUCCAAGUCCUUCGAGGAGCAUCAUCGUGUGCAAUUCUUCUUUAUUGAGUUUCAGCUACGUCCGCUCUCAGAGCGCGGCCUGUUGCUCUACUUUGGCACACUGAACAACAAUCAGGACAAGAAGAUUGGUUUUGUGUCCUUGUCGCUGCAGGGCGGUGUCGUGGAGUUCCGCAUCUCUGGGCCGAGUAAUCAUGUGACGGUGGUGAGAAGUGUCCGCAUGCUCGCCAUCGGGGAGUGGCACAAGAUCAAGAUGGCACAGCGUGGUCGCUGGUUGACGCUGUGGGUGGAGGGCAGCGCCUCUUCGGCUUUGGCACCAUCCGCUGAGGUGCUUGUCGAGCCGGAUUCGUUGCUCUACAUUGGCGGCCUCAAGGAUCUGUCCAAGCUGCCGCACAAUGCCAUCUCUGGUUUUCCCAUACCAUUCCGCGGUUGUGUGCGCGGCCUAGUGGUUAGCGGCACGCGCAUUGUACUCAACGAAACUAACAUCGUGGAGUCUCGUAACAUACGCGACUGUGAUGGUACAGCCUGUGGAGGCGACUCCUGUGAAUCGGGCGGCCAUUGCUGGCUGGAUGAGAAGCUGCAGCCACACUGCAUCUGUCCGGAGUAUGCCAAAGGCGAUCGCUGCGAAUAUUCGGAGACUUGCAAGCUAAUACCGUGCAAAAAUAAUGGACGCUGUCUGCGCAGUGGACGCUGCUCUUGUCCCAAUGGCUGGGGUGGCUUCUACUGUGAAAUUGCGCUGAGCAAGCCCACAACGCCCAGCUUCCGUGGCAAUAGUUAUUUGAUCUUGCCACCACCGCGCAUACCAAUGAAAGACAAGAGACGUGGCCCAUCGCUUUAUAUGCGACCACGCGAAGCCAUUCAAAUCUCAUUGAAUUUCUCGACAAUUGAGCCGGACGGACUGCUGCUUUGGAGCGAGCACGAUCGUGUGAAAUUCUUGGGGCUCGGCCUGGAGAAUGGCCAUCUGAAGCUGGCCAGCAAUCUGUUGGGCAGUAUUAACGAUACGGUCCAAGCCCCGGCCAGUGGUUUCAUUGCGGAUGGGGCCUGGCAUUGGACCAAGGUAUUGCUCGAUCGCACGCGCUUGGAACUGCAGCUGGAUGGCGAGGUUAUAUUCACGGAGAAGUUGCCGGAGGGUGCAACAACAAUAACAACAACAAGCACAUCAUCAUUAGCGGCAUCAAGGCGUGCGAGCAAAGAACCAACAAUUAGCUAUGAGGAUAUAUUCUAUUUAGGCGGCUUUCCCAAUCUGGAUUCGGUUAGCAGACGCACGCAGGGCCGCUUCUAUGAGCCGUUCAAGGGUUGUCUGCAGGACAUACAGUUUGGCGCGGAGCCCAAGGCCAUUAUAAGCGAUUUCUCUCCGUAUCAGGGCGAAAAUAUAGGCUCGUGUGAUCUGCACGGAGAUGAGCCAAUUGUUGUAUAAAUCGAUCGAUGUUGAAGAAUCUAAAACAAAUAAAUAAAAAUGUAACCUAUUAUAGAAUAUUGCAGAGAAACAUGUGAAUUGAAUUGCAUAUUGUGAAUGGAGUCUUUGAGUUAAUCUAAAUACUACAAAUUAAAAAAAUAAAACGUAAAAUAAAACUGAGCAAAUUGAAAAUAAAAGCGGCAUACCUAGUCUAAGUUAAAUGUUAAGCAAGUUUAUAUAAAAACCCAAAAUUCAUACAGUUUGAGACAAGGCCAUGAAACAAAAGGAACGUAAUUUUGUAAAUUUUAUAAAAAUAACAAAACUGAAACCAAAAAAAGAAAACAAAGUUUAGAUUACAAGUUUGAAAGGGGCAAGUGGAAGAAAAGUGGCAAGAAAUACUAAACUUUUGAACAAAAUAUUAGUAUAGGUACUAAAUUUAGCAAAUAUUUCUCUUACGUAAGUGAUAUUUAAAACAAAAGACGAAGAAUGAUUAAGCGAAUGAUCCCAAAGGAUAUGAUAUACUAUGAUUACAACUAAAAUGCAUAACAAAUCUAGCUAUGCGUGCCAUGACAAGAGUAAUUCUUUAUUUCUGAAUAUAUUAUAUUUAUUUUCACGUUACUUAAUGCUUUUGUUAUGUAAUUGUUUUAAAACAUAAGUCUUUUGAAUAGAUACACUACUUUUGCUUCAGAUUGACCGAAACAUGAACGAAGUUCCAUCUGAAACGGAAUAGAACGCUUCAUUUGGAGUCUACAAGUGGAAAUGGAACAGAAAACCUUCCUUAGCCAAUAAAGAGAAGAAUUAAUAAUAAGGUUAUGUUACUUUUCCAGAUUUAAAUGUUUCAAGUUUAUCGAAAGCAAAAGUCUUCUGUCCAUUCCAUUGUUGUCCAUUUUGUUGAAACUAUUAAGUAUAUUAUGCUAUAAGCCUACAUAUACUCAGAUAUAUAUGUAUCUAUUUAUCUUAAAAUCCAUUUAUGUGUUCUGAACUAUCUUCAAAACUGCCCUGCAACGAUUUCUGCCAUUUUGAUUUGUUCAACUCGAUACUCAAAUUUAGUUAUAGACACUUUUUUCGUAUCUCUAUAGCUUUUAGUCUAAUCCGCUCUUCUGAUUAAAGCCAUUUAGUUGCCUUGUAGAAAGUUAGUUAACGAGCUAAAAUGAAACAAUUCGAAAUUCUAAAACAUUUUCUUAUCUUUUCACAAAAAUUACUUCGCCUUUUCCAACCAAAUUAUCUGCACAUGCCAGCUUAACUUCAAAACAUAAUAUGAAAAUAAUAUUGUAAUUCAACAACAAUUAUUCUUAUAUACAACCGUAGCAAAGAAAAAAUAUAUGUAUCUAUA